AGAAUACGUGUGUGUUAGCUAAUCUCCCAUACUGUUGUUGCACAGAGGAAAAUAGUUUAAAAAAGAAAUAGCUCAAGGAUGAUGAGCACAAGCUGGAGUGGAUUGAAGAAUUAUAAGAACUAAUCGAUAUUUGCUGUAAAAAAAAACACACUUUGAUUCCGAUGAUUUCCGUGCCAACAGGUGAAGGUCUCAUCGGAUCGUUGACCUACAAGGACCUACACGAUAUUGCUCUGGAGCUUGGGUUUAGUAUCCCCAGGAUGGUGAGGGCAGAUGCCAUGCCCGUCCUCGAUGAGGGCAUCAAACACAGACUUGGUAUGCACAUUACGAUAGUCGCCAACCAGUAGGAAUGUGUUACCUUUCGAUUUGUACAUUGUGGUCUUAGUUUGAAACUGUUUCAUAAUUAGUUUGUUUUUUUUUCCCCCUCAAGAAUAAAGCGGAAUAACUGUUUUAAAAACGUGCAAGUUAUACGUUAAACGCACAUAUUAUUAGCUCAUGCAUGUAAUACUCCAAUGUUUCAUAUGCGUAUGUUUGAAACUGACUUUUUUUCCCUACAGGCAAUGUGCAAUAUGCUUCAGUGACCUAUAGAUUAUUCAAAAAGCCGACAGGUUCCAAGCUCUCGGUUCAAUCAAAGAUUGUCUACCAGGGUAACAUCCGGGGAUUCGAGGACAGUCUGCGAUUUGAUGUUGGCUACACAUUCACGGUAACAUUGGGGCUCGAAACUGGAAAGUUUCCCCUUGAAACUUUUAAAAUCUCUAUUUGCAAUGACAUGCUCUUAUUUUUCUCUUCAAGAAAUGGAACUUAAGUUAAGAUUUGUAGAACUGUUUGUAAGGAACGGCAUGUUCAACAAUUAAAAAGAUAAUAAUACAAAUAUUUAGCUUUAGUUGAUUUUUUUUUAAUCUCUAAAAGAUUUUGUUUUCUAUUGCUUGGAUUUUUGUUUGCUUUGUUCAGAAAGGACAAAUGAAAACCGUCGACAGCCAUCUUGUUGAAAUCCUGAGUUCGUCCAGAUUUUCAAAAUACUUCCAAACUUAUCAACCAGAUCAGGACACCGAGUUGCCUUCCCUUGUGAGUAAUAACUCAUCUCCAAACCAAAAAAUAAAUUAUAAACUUUACUUACAAAACGUUCUUCUAUAGUAAUACUUUUAACAGUUUAAUUUGUGAAUAUUCUUCACUUUAAUAACAUUGUUUGCUGGGGACGGCUUGGGAAGGUUUCAAUAAAUCCUAUAAUUGCCUAAAUUCUGAUGGGCAGACAAUUCUAACGUUUUACGCCUGCUGAUGUUUACUACCUCGGCAGGUCCACCCACAUAUUUUUUUUUCAAAAUACAGUAGGCCUUUGUAGGGGGGUGGGGGGAGCUUGUGGGGAGGGAGGGAUAAACAUUAUGAUCUGUUACAAGGGAAAUUUAAAUUUCUCAAAUACUUGUGUCUGCUCCCUUCUCCUAUCAUAUUUUCGUGUUCAUUGUACAUGUCCUAUUGAAUACAUAAAUACUUAAGGGUACGAUUCAAGCAGUAUUCCCACAAAAAAGGCCCCCUCGUCCCCAGGUGCUCCGCUUCCGGUAUUGACGCAAACAUGUCUUGCCAACCGGGUGCUCCGCUCUCUGUUAAUUUUAUUGCUUGUAUCACCUUGUAGCGUUUUAAGCCUGGAGAAAGACUUUUUUUUCUUAAAUAACCCACAGGACGUCAAUCCUUUCGAAUACAUCAAGAAAACAGCCCCCGACAAGAGCUGCGCGGCUGUGAAAACCUGUUGUACAUAAAUCAAACCAAGUUCAAUGGCUCGUCCAUUUGAGAGGCAUAAAGGGAUCGGUUCGCUGUGAACAAUCAUUGACUGAUUCCCAGACAAAUUCAUGUCUCAAAAUUUCUAUUUUUAUUUCUGUUCAAUAAAAGAAUUUUCUUUAC